AUGGAGCAAUGUCACAAACCAUCUGUCACAAAACAGCUGCCAAGGAAUAUGGAGCCAUGUCAAAAAACACUUGUCUAUGAGAAUGGAGCAAGAACACAAAACACCUGUCUAGGAGAACAGAGCAAUGCACAAAACAACUGUGUAGGAGAAGAGAGUAAUGUCGCAAAACACCUGUCUAGUAGAAGAGAGCAAAUUCAUGGCUAUUUCUCCAGUCGCGUCAUUUCUAACGUCGCAUUGAACAAGCCAACUACCCAAUCAUCGACCUUGACCGCUUCCUCGCUGGCUGUGGACGGAUUUGUCGACCCUCCAACAUGUAUGUCAACCUCAGGGACAGGGUAUCAGUGGUGGCAGGUUGAUCUUGGAGCAGUCUACACGAUAUUAAAUGUUUCCAUUCAAAUCAAUAUUGAUGAACUCGGAGGAUUGAGAAACACUACUUUAGAAUUUUCCAAAACUAACACGUCUGAUGUAAGAGGUCAUCUUCUUGAUGCCAGUCUAUGCUACAACGUCGUCAGAACACCAGCUCCCGUUGAUAAUAGUAUCAUCGUACCAUGCCAACAUGACACAAUCGGUCGUUACCUGAGAAUUUCAAAGAUAAUUGAAACCCAGAAAGACGCUUUGACCUUCUGUGAGGUGGUUGUUGAAGUAUCCAGGAACAAAUGUAAUUUGGCUGAUAUAGCAUUAAAUAAGCCAGCAACCCAGUCGUCGGUGAGGUCUGAAGGCGUCGCAGGAAGGGCUGUGGACGGCAAUCUUAAUCCACACUACAGUGGAUGUACACAUACACACGACACGGACAAUAACCCGUGGUGGCAGGUAGACCUUGGAGGUGUCUACAGUAUCGAUCAUGUCUCCGUUCAGAAUAGAUUAUUCAGAGGUUACCGGCUCAAAGAUUUCAUUGUAGAAAUAUCAGAAAGCGAGGCCGAUGGGCCAGAUGGUCAUCGUAGAAACAGCAAACUGUGCUACAAUUACACUGAAGAUCAUGUACCUUCUGCCGAACUAAGGACUCUGGCUUGCCCAACUGACACUGUCGGCCGCUACCUGAGGAUCACAAAGUCAUCCAGUCUUUUAACCUUAUGCGAAGUCAUCGUAGAAGUAUAUGGUUACUUCUCCAGUCGCGUCAUUUCUAACGUCGCAUUGAACAAGCCGACUACCCAAUCAUCGACCAUCGGCGAUUCCUCUCUGGCUGUAGACGGAUUUGUAGAUCCUCCAACCUGCAUGUCUACCUCAGGGACUGGCUUUCAGUGGUGGCAGGUUGACCUCGGAUCAGUCUACACGAUAACAAACAUUUCCAUUCAAAUCAAUAUUGAUGAGCCCGGGGGAUUGAGAAAUGUUACCGUAGAGUUGUCCCAAACGAACACGUCUGACAUGAGUGGUCAUCUACUUGGUGCAAGUCUGUGCUACAACCUCGUUGAGCCACAAGCUCCCGGGGAUCGCAUUAUUACUCUACCAUGCCCACAUGACACAAUCGGCCGCUACCUUAGAAUGUCCAGAUUGGUUGAAAACCCCGACGACGCUCUGACCUUCUGUGAGGUGGUUGUUGAAGUAUCCAGGGAUGAAUGCAAUUUGGCUGACAUAGCAUUAAACAAGCCAACAACUCAGUCAUCUUUGCGAGCAGGAGGGGUCGCAGGACAGGCCGUGGACGGGAAUCUUAAUCCAGCCUACGACGCUAGCUCAUGUACACACACAGACGCCUCCGACAAUAAACCGUGGUGGCAGGUAGACCUUGGAGAUGUCUACAGUAUCAACCAUGUAUCCAUUCAGAAUAGAUUACACCAUGGUGACCGGCUAAAAGAAUUUAUUGUUGAGAUAUCGGAGAUUAACGCCAUUGCACCUGAUGGUCAUUUUAAAAACAGCAAGCUGUGCUACAAUUACACUGAGGCUCACGUACCUGACGCUGAACUGAGGACUCUGUCUUGCCCAACUGACACUGUCGGUCGCUACCUCAGGAUCACAAAGUCAUUCAGUCGUUUAACCCUAUGCGAAGUCAUUGUCGAAGGAAAACCGGUUUCUUGUCUCGACGUAAGCUGUCCAAAGAUUCCAACGAUCAGACAACAUGACAACCAAUCUCUGAAAGAGAUUGUAAUGGCUUUGAAAAAACUGAUGUCUGGAACUGGAAGUAGGUGCAACUUCAGGAGGAAAUGGAUCGAUGGAGGAUGUGUUAAUGGUGACACCAUCGAUGAUAAGACUCCGCAAGCGAGAAAGCAUUGCAUUGCCACAGCGACAAUUGAUACACUGCCACCAUGA